CAUUGUUGAAGGAAGCAACGUUUUCAUUUCUGGCUUUAUUAUUUGGCUUGUUUUCCUACACUUUUCAUUAUUGUUGUCAGCUGUCAAGCUCACUGUACUACUAAUAUUGAGGCGAACAUUGUUUCUUAUCAGUCUAGUUCGCGAAUAUGACUGAAAUUGUUUCAAAGUCGAGUGACCAGACAAAUGGAGUUUUGGACAUGGAGCUGCUUCACAUCGACGUGCUGGAGGAGGAGGAGGAGGAGGAGGAUGUGCUGCAGGGCGCACCAGAGAGAGAGCACGCAUCCUUUUCAAAGAACGUGUUGAGGAAGCAGCGGCACUGGGAGAGGAAACUCGCUGCCAGAAAGAGCAAAAGAAAGGAGGAGAAACUCAGGAAGAAGCUCAAUCGGCACUCAGAAGGUGUGGAACAACGUCAUCUCACCAAGCGGGUCUUGAAGGCUGUCACCAAAGAGCGUUUGGCUGAGGCUCGCUCCGGUGGCCACAAAGUGUGCGUUGACCUCGGCGUGAGCCACCGCAUGUCUGACAAGGAAACGAGCCGGCUGGCGGCUCAGUUGCGGCGUCUGUACGGAGCCAACAAAAGGGCGAGCAAACCCUUCCAUUUGUUUCUGACAAGCUUUCGGGAGGACAGUCGCCUCCUCGCAGAGUGCGUGCGCAUGAACGCCGGCUUCCUCAAUUACGCGAUGGAAAGAACAGAGCGAAGCUGUCUGGACAUUUUCCCUCCGGAAAGGGUCGUCUACCUCUCGCCCGAUGCCGAAGAAGCUUUGGAGCGCGUGGACCACGACGACGUGUACGUCCUCGGAGGGCUCGUGGACGAAAGCGUCCAAAAGACGCUGAGCCUCUCCAGGGCCAAAGAACUGGGCGUCCGCGCGGCGCGGCUCCCGAUAGACGAACACAUGCAGAAGAUGCCGAACGGCAAGAACUUCCACUCGAAGAUCCUGGCAAUCAAUCAGGUCUUUGACAUCAUGCUGACUGUGUCGCACACGGGCAGUUGGACACACGCUCUGGACAAGUGCUUCCCCCGGGGGAAGGGUUAUGUGGUCGCGCAGCACGGUGACAACAGUGACGCGGGUGCAACAAUUAAGACUUGACGCCAACGAAAACAAGUUGGGAAAAGCGUUUUUCAGU